AACUCCCCAGAGGAUUGUCUAUAAAGAGAGCGGAACUUCACCACACGGGUAGAAGGUUUCUAGCCAGAGGACUGAAUGGCUAUCGCGUUCAUUUCCUGCGCAAAUGUAGAGAUUUUAGGAUUUGGCACCGACGAACAUGGGAAUAAUGCCCUUUUAACCUAAUUUUGAAAGGGAUACGAGUUGGCUGCCAUGUCGGAGAAGAAGUCCAGGAGCUCGGACGCCCGUCCAAAAUGUGGCGUCCGCAGCUGGAGCGCAGACAGCCUCGUGUGGCGCGGCAAGAAGCGUUCCAGGAGUUCCCGAAACGAGGCCGGCCUCCGAGGGCUGGAGGCGGAUGGGGCGGAGGAGCAGGGGGGCCGUUCGUCCUCCUGCCCCCGGCGACGCAGAGAGAGGAAGUGCAGUUGCACCGUGCCGGGCGAAGCGGACAUGGAUGCGACUUGCCGGAAAGCCUUGAACCGGCGCUCCCUCAGGCAGAAGUUCCAGGAUGCCGUGGGCCAGUGUUUCCCUUUGCGCUCCCAUCACCACCACCACCACCACCCGGCCUCCCGGACUCCCUUUUCCGUGCUCCUCUGGUCCAAGCGCAAGAUCCACGUCUCGGAGCUCAUGCAGGACAAGUGCCCGUUCUCUCCCAAGUCCGAACUAGCUCACUGCUGGCACCUGAUCAAGAAGCACGCCCCCCACUCCGGUUCCGCCGUGAGCAUGGAGGCUCCACACAAACCCCCCGUCCCCCCCUGCUCCUCCCCGCCUCCCACGCCCCUGUCCUGGGAGGACAUAUGCUCCCCGGGGCCUGGGAGUGCCUGUCUGGAGGACUGGGACCCCUCCUUCCCCCACGGGGCGGCACAGGCGGGCUGCCACACAGACUACAUCCUGGUCCCCGACCUGCUCCAGAUCAACAACAGCCCCUGCUACUGGGGGGUUUUGAACCGCUUCGAGGCGGAGGAGCUUCUGGAGGAUCAGCCGGAGGGGACCUUCCUGCUGCGGGACUCGGCCCAGGACGAGUUCCUGUUCUCUGUCAGCUUCCGUCGCUACAGCCGCUCCCUGCACGCCCGCAUCGAGCAGGACGGCAAACGCUUCAGCUUUGACGGCCGAGACCCCUGCAUGUACCGAGACCCCUGUGUCACCGGUCUGCUGAAGCACUACAGCGACCCGGCAACCUGCCUCUUCUUUGAGCCUCUGCUCUCCCGGCCCCUGCCCAGGACCUUCCCCUUCUCCCUGCAGCACCUGUGCCGGGCGGUCAUCUGCAGCUGCACCACCUACCGGGGCAUGGACAGCCUGCCUCUGCCUCUGCAGCUCAGACACUACCUCCAGCAGUACCACUACAAGUGCAGCGGAGCCUGUGCCGUGUAGACCGCUGGGGCUCUCUCUCUCUCUCUCUCUCUCUCUCUCUCGCUCCUGUUGAAAGAAAGACUAUCUCUCCGUCUUGUGAGAGUUUGACAGUGAAGAGGUCGGCUAACGUAAAGGGAGGGAUUGUUCGUCUACAGAGGGUCACUGAGUCACUCCUCCAUAUUCUUGCCAGUUCCUGGUUCAUUUUUGGGCUUUGACUCAUGACUCUCGUCAACUUACCACCUCUUAUAAACUCUGUUUUGACCGGGGGCUAUUUCACUGAAUAACGAACAGAACUGUGGAGGAGUUUAGUAUACUAGCGGCAACUAUACUACAUGUUAACUCAAUAAAAUAAACCUGGUUGAGUCAGUUACACUACACAUGCCAGAAAUGUUAUUGACGUGCCUGUUUUGACGUGACGAGAGGGUGAGGGGAACAAGGUACAUGGCAAAAUGAAAAAUAUAUAAUGUUGUUACAACUGGAACAGUUGGUGUCACAUGUGCGUUGAGGUGGUGUUUGGAUGAUUUUUGAGUAAUCUUUACAUCCUAAAUCGCCAUUGGCUCUUUAAACACUUUCCUACAAAUGAGAUGAUCAUGUACUCAAACAAACUUUAGGGAAACGUAUUUUAAUACGCUGACACACUGAAAUUUACAUAAUUGAGUGUCUUUUCACGUGAACACGUUUCGUUGUGUUUGAGGCCCUGAAGUGAGUCAUGAGUGACUCACUUCAGGGCCAAACAGUCCAUCAGUCAGACUGAUGGACUGUUUAGUCCAUCAGAUGCAUUCAUAUCUUUGACCACAAGGUGGCGCUUCAAAUGCACUGAUGAGACACGUUAAGGUUGCAGGUCGCCACGAUUCUCCCAUAUGUGUUUUCAUUUCUCAGUAUUCAUUUCUUGGUGGCUACACACAUAAGGAAGUAUGGUCAGUAUAACAAUACCUUUCUUCGCUUGUCGCCAGGACAACUGUUGUUUUCUAAUGAUACUCCAGGUCUAACGCAGCUGUAACAUGCAAAACAACAUUGUUUUCUAGGAAUUUUGAAAUAUCUCAAAGCAUUGGUUAUUUGCUGUCACUAUGAUACUUCUGUGGGUACUGUAGCCUAUUCGUGAACAAUAAAUGCUUGCC